UUUUUUCUUUAUUCUUUUUUUUUUUUUAAAACAAAAUUCACAACCAUUGAUGCAUUACUCUGGUCAACAUCCUUUAACGACGGAAGAACCGGUACAUACAUCCGAUCAACACCAUGAGACACUUGUACAAGAAAUGCAACAUUUGAACAAACUUGAAACACCUUUGGUAUCACCGGCCAUUAUUCAAGAUAAACCCGAUCCUAACAUUCUUCUCUUAUCAUCUGAAGAUGAACAAACACCAACUGAUGAACGGGAAGUCUUUUUAUCAUCACCGUCUUCUUCCGAUGAGGAUGAGGAAGAUCUGAUCCAACAAGAACGUUUAUGGCAAACCACAGAAGCCAACAAACAUAUACCUUUUACGCAAGAUAUGACCCCCGAUACCAGUAGUCCUUCUUCCAAAAAAUCUCAAUUACGCCGAGCUUCUACCACCAAAAGGAAAGGUGAACGUGGCAAACAACUUUUGGUCUUCUCCGAACCUAGCUUGAUACAAAAGAACGAUCGAUAUAUUGUCACCAUGAUGUAUGGCGCUGGAUCCACAGGAACUAUGUUAUUGGAUGAGGAAGAUAUGACUCCUCGAAGACGUUCUCGUGCUUAUAUGGUUGCUUGUGAUUUCUCCGAUGAAAGUUUUUAUGCUAUGGAAUGGGUCAUGGGCACUAUGAUGCGUGAUGGGGAUGAAUUACAUAUUGUGGCAGCUGUCAAUCGUGAAGAUAAUCCUGAUGCUGUCAAAAAAGCUGGUCUCUCCCUCAAAUCAGAAUUGAAAAUGGGGUCGGAAAAGGUGACGGAAAUGGCCAAGUCAGUUCUAGGACAAAUGUUAUUAUUUAACAUCAAAGUUAGGACAUAUACUAUUGUUGGUAGAAUCAAGGACGUAUUAUAUAACAUGAUUUUAUCAUUACCUUUGACCUUGGUGGUAUGUGGUAGCCGAGGACGAAACUCAGUGAAAGGAUUAUUCAUGGGUUCUAUUUCUACCUUUUUGGUCCACAAAUCUCCUGUACCUGUUAGUGUGAUACGAAAACCAUCCAGCAAAGAACCAAAGAUCAAGAAAAAGAAAAAGGUGAAAUCUGCUCCUCCUCUCAGUGAAAGUGUUAAAACAGGUGCCUUAGCUGUGGAUGAAUUACAACAACAAAAAUCUUAGACAUUUGUAAUUUAUUUUUAUUUAUUAUUCAUUCCUAUACUUCAUCAUUGUCCACUCAAUAUCUCUCCAAUGACUACUCAUAUAUACAUAGAUACAUACAUACUGCAUUUUUUUUUAUAGUCGUGAUACCACUUUUGUUUUUUGAUUUAUUUGUUAUUCUUCAUUCAAUAAAGAACAAAACCCAUAUACACUCAAA